CUGGGUGGCAAGCCAACCUGGUUCGAGGCGGAAUUCGAAUUGAUACGCCAGGAAGCAGGAGAUAAGUUCCUUCCCUCGAUUCCUCCCAUUCUUCCUUGUCUCUCGUUCUUCGCCCGUUGUUUGGUGGUAUUAUCUUUCUCUCUUUUAUAUAUAUAUAUAUAUAUAUAUAGGUGCCGAAGGAGAGGGAGGAACGGUUUUACAGAUAUAUAGAAAGAGAGAGAGAACGAGAACGAGAGAGAGGUGCUCCUACCGCCAUGAAGGUUACAAGCGCGGUCGCAAUUGCGUCGACGGUGAUCACUGCCGCCGCCUCGUACUCGACUGCGUUGUCCGGCUCGCUCUCCGACGCCAGGGCCCAAGGUCCAAGCCAGGACUCAGCGUCUCAAUCAAAGCAGGAGGAGCAGCCGCAGCCGGGAGAUGGAUUCGCUCCCAGAUUCGACGGGCUGCGGUUCAUCGAGACGCUCAUCACGGCACAUCGUUGAGAUGGUAGCGCACAAACUCCGCAAGUUUGGGUGAUGAUUGAUCACGACCAUUAAUCACUGUACACACAUGAUUCAUGAAAGAUGCAAGUCUAUGAUUGAUCAUUACUCCUUUACUUGUUGGGGUUGUGUGUUUUAGGAACGAAUAAGAAAGGUGUUCCU